AUGAACCGGUCGGUUGGUGUGAGCCCACCCUCUUCGCGCUCUACGCACGAGGAGAUCCCCGUGGUACCAGUAUGGUUCCAUUCUCAUGGCCGUAUUUGGGUUCCCUUUCCGGAGUCAGACAAUGUUGCUUUGGAGGAAGCAUGGCAAUCUGUCAAAAACGACAUGCCUGCCAAGGUCCAGGACCCUCCUAUGGAGGAUAAAUCGCAGAAAGGGUGGCUUCCUCAGUCGUGGUGGAGCUACAAAAUGACGGAAACAGGGUCUGUUCUCCCACCGCCACCCCCGCCUCCGGUCCCGACGGAGAAGCAGGCUGUGCCCACGUAUCGUAUUUUGGAUCCGGAUGAACCUGCAUCGGAGCGCCGGUUCCGUGUACCAGUCCUGGAAGAUCACUUGUUUGAUGUGGACUUAUCUCGCAUGAUUAUGUACCCUGCGUUGUGGGCUGGUUAUGAUCAGAUGGUGGUCCGUGCUACGUGGUUCUAUGUGGCAGGCGAUGGGUCCACCUCGCCCAUCCAAACGGGCACGGUGCUGGAAAGUGAUAUUCUUCAAGCAUACGAAGCCGCGUCGCCUUGGAGAUUGUCGGAGCGACUCAAGGGGACACUCAAUAAGACGCGAGGGGAAGAGCCAAUGUACUUUGACUUACCCAGCGUGGUCGGUGGAGCGAAAGUCCAGUUUGAGUCCGCGUGCACGGCCCGUGUCCAAUUGCAGAGCUUUGGUAGCAAGUUGCUUCCUUUUGCACGUGAAACGUACAUUGUGCGUGGUUUUGAUCAUGCCCGUUCUCUAAGCGAGCGCUUGCAGACCAGUUCUCGAUUAUCGGCCUGGCAGCAGCGUAAGCAGGAGCCAUCGGAUACGUCAUCCUCGGACAAGUCGCCGGCUGUGACUGUGGAGAACGCGGAUCGGGUGAACAGCGCGACGGACGAGUCCGAGUCUGUUGCGGGAACGAUUGGCGAGCGCGAUGAAUCCGAUCCCACCGCAUCGCCGAUGCCAUGGGUGGCACUGAGUGAAGCGUUCUUGUCGAAGCGUUGGUUUCUCUCACCUAAUCUCUUGCCCCGUGCCAAGGUGGAUGCACAGAAGGACGACGAGCAGUCCUCCUCCUCCGACGAGGCGCCUGAUAUGUCGUCUGUGGACGACGUGUUUGACGACGAUCGUGGCAUGCCCAGUACAUCCGAUCAACCUCCUGAGCUUCUGUUUUGUGUUCACGGUAUUGGACAGAAGCUGUCGGAGGACUAUGCGUCCAUGCACUUUGUGCAUGAUAUCGAUAGGCUUCGAACGGUCAUGCGUACACAGAUGCAAGAUCCGGAUUUGAGGUCGAUGACCAAUGGCGGUCGUAUCAAGCUUAUUCCGAUCUGCUGGCGUCGAGGGAUGGACUUUGAUCCUGAGGACAAACACUACACAUUCCAGGACUUGGUCAGUGAUACUGCUGUAUCUGCUCUGCGCCUGCCUGUCCUGAAAGCGUUGCUGGACAUUCCCUUUUAUUUCUCACGGCAUCAUGAUGCGAUGGAGCAUCGUGUACUCCAUGAAAUGAAUCGAUUGUAUCGUCUGUUCCUCCAGCGCAAUCCCACGUUUGAGAGUGACGGUGGACGUGUAUCUAUCUUAGCGCACUCGUUAGGCUCGAUGCUCUCCGCUGACAUUUUAAAGCGACAGCCGACGUAUAUGCCUCCCUUGCAAGGGCGGGAUGAAAAAGGCUUGCAUCGUACGUCACCGCAUCUUCUCUUUAAUGUGCGGUACUUUUUCUGCAUUGGCUCCCCGCUAUCGCUCGCUUUGUACUUAAGCGGUGCACGUCUUACAGCUCGACGCGAUCCGACGCGGACCAAGGAGGACCAUGACAAGGACAUAACGUCGGAUGUGGUUGGUCACGAUGGAUGCUUAGCUACCGAGGGCAUCUACAACAUCUAUACCUCGACUGACCCUGUGAGUCUGCAACUCUCCGCCACGGCUGAUGCGCCGUACGCGCGUAUGAUGCGCCCUGUAAACUUACCACGCGACGCUGCGCACAUUCCAGAUGCGCUAGAAGAGCCGCGACUGAACAUGGGCUCCAUUCUCAAGCGUGUAGUAACAGAACGGCCGGCUGACCAAGGCACGUCCCCCGAGGUGCGAUCGGCGCCGGGGACGCCACGAUCCAUGCCUGUGCCGCUCGAAGACAUGCUGCGUGGAGAACGCCGUUUCCGUGCACUGAAUCCGAAUGGAUGCAUCGACUAUGUGCUUGAUGCGAGCAUGGGCAUGUCGAUUUCCCAGUACUUUGACAUGUUCCGCUCUCAUAUGAGCUACUGGACUAGUGCAUCGCUCGCCAACUUUCUCUUGCACCAGAUUCUCUUGGAUCCACAUGCACGCCCACGGCCAAGAAGUCUGUCUUCCAUUCCGGAGCUCAUUCUGGAUCCGACCACCGAUAGUGUAUAG